AAGGUGGUUUAAACAAUAAAAAAAGGGUAUCUAAUAAUGGAACAUAACACAACUAUAUGUAGUUGGCAAGUGUAGAACGGCAAUGCUCAUGAAAAUUUACAAACUCUUCUAUGCAUUUUUAAUUGAUCUAAACUUAUGAGACAAGUAUAAAAUAAACAUUUUGUCUUCCUUCAAGAUAAAUAGAAACAGUUGAAAUGGGUGCUGGACAAAGUGCUCGGAGACUUACCAUUAAUAACGAAGAAGAAAUAGAUGUUAUUAAAGUUUCAAAUUCAAUUGUACAACGAUUGACUCAGAAAGUGAAUGAAGCUAAUAUUCAAUCAGGAAAUGAAGUAAGAUCAUCAACUUUGAUGCCACCAUUUCCUAAUAAAGCUGUAUCUUCACCAUCAUUUCAAAGUGGAGAUGCACCCUCUGGAUAUCCUGCAUAUUAUUAUCCACAACUAACGUUAACUGCUCUUGAAAUACAGCAACAAAAAGAGCAAGAACUUCUUACUCAAGAUCAAUAUUGGCAAAAACGAUUAGAUAAUUUAGAAAAAAAUCAUUUAAGAGUUAAUCAAAUUAUAGAUGAGGAAUACAAAAAGGCUGUGGAAGAGUUGUAUGUAAACGAGGAUAAGAAGAAGCUCAGUAUCCAUAACACUAUACAGCCAUGUUUAGAGAAUACAGAUAAAGUAAUCAAGUGUUACCAAGAACAUCCGAAAGAAAUUUUGAAAUGUUCUAAUCUAGUCGAUGAAUUUUAUAAUUGCGUGGAUCAACGACGUGCGAGGGUGAUUGCAGCACGUUGUUAAUAUUUUCCAAUAUUAAGCAUAGUACUUGUUUCACAUCUUAGUAAUCCAAGCUAAUGUUGUUUAAUAAAACAAUUUUUAGUGAUUGCCAAUAAAUUAAAUUAUGUGUACGAAGAUUUUGAAUAUUUAUUACAUUUACAUUACUAACAAUAAUAGGCAACGAUUUUUUCGUUAAUGAUAGCCAAAGUUUUUGUGUUGAAUUUACAAUGACAGCAAUAAUAUAUUAGUAGUUACUAAUCUGUAACUGCUAAAAUGGAUAAUGAAGUGAAAGAUAUUUAAAGUAAAGUAGUAGUAUUUUACUAGUAUAGUAACUAUUUCGUUACAGUUACAUCACGUAACGUGAUCAGCUCAAUUUAUUCUGUUGCUAGUGAUUCGAUUGGAAAUUUUUUGAGUUAAAAUAACAUGGUUUAAGGAGAGCUUUAAGAUGAUUGUACAAAAUUUUUUGUUAAUCCCCUUUUUCUCGAAGUUAUAAAGGUUACCUUCAUUUUUUCAUAGAUUGAUUUACAAUUUUCUUGUACCCAUCGUUAACAUAUACAUGGUUUUAUCAGAAUGUAAACAAAAAAAAAUGUAAGUUUACCUAUAUAGUUUUAUGUUUAUCUGUAAAUUGUUAACAUUAAAGUCUAUUUUUCUUA